AUGGGGACACUUGAGGUCCUGGCCGAAGCCCUUCCGUCCGAGUGGACAGUCGCCAUGUCGCGCUCCAAGAACAUGCCGUACUACUACAACGUGCAGACGCAAAAGGUCUACUGGGUCGACGACGAGCUCCCGCGCGGCUGGUCGCACCAGUUCGACCGCGACGGCCGCCGGUUCUACUUCCACGUGCGCGACAAGAGCGGCACUCUCACGUACGAGAAGCCCGUGCUGCGGGCCGCCAGUGCCCACGCGCAGCCCUUCGAGCCAAUCGACGACAGUAGUCACAGCAACAGCAACGACACUGUCACGUCGCCCGAGCCAGUGCCUGUACCAGCGCCGUCCUACGACAAGCCCGAGUCGCCUUACCCGCCCCAAGUGCUGCACGGCUACGUGCGUCCCGAGGCGGGCGCGCCGCCGGUACUCGAAUGCAAGAAGUCCAACUCGCUGAUGGACCUGUUGAGUCCAGCGCCGCCUGCGCUCGGCGACGACGAGGAGGAGGAGGAGGAGGAGGAGGAGGAGGAGGAGGAGAGAAGCUGCAACGAGGUAGAGAGCCCUAGCAAUCGACUAACGCGGUGCUGUACAGCAGAAGACGACGACAGCAAUGAGGCGCGACGGCCGUCGACGGUCCCGACGUCGAGGGCCAUGCAGAUCUCCAAUUUGGUGUCGGGCCCGGACCGACCGCUGUCAAGUGGUGGCAAGCGCUCGCACAGCGCUAUGGUGACGGACGGACCGGACGAUGGGCGCCACGAGAAGGACCACGACGCGGCCGCCGCGUUUUACAACCAGCUGCAGCGCCGGGCCCAGAGUGACCGCGCCGACAGUCUGCUGUUCCACAUGCGGGCGCUGAACAACUGGGUGAAGUCCAUUCUGAUCAACGAGUACUCGCAACGGGACGGGGACUGCGUGCUGGACUUGGCGUGCGGCAAAGGCGGCGACCUCAUGAAGUGGACCAAGCGCAACCUCGCGCUCUACGUGGGGGUCGACAUUGCCCAAAAGUCGCUCGAGGAUGCCGUCGAGCGGUACACUUCGUUUGCGCGCGGCGGAAAAGGCGGCGCGGAUCGGCACCGCAAGAAGACGGAUGCGCGCUUUAUUCAAGGGGAUCUCGGCGUCGUCGACUUGCUGCGCGACGAGAUGCACUGCUGGAACGAGACAGACGGCUGGCACGACGCCGUGCCGCUACCGGGCUCCGCAGCUGGCAGCUUUAGCAUCGUGUCGGUGCAGUUCUCACUCCACUACAUGUUUGGCGACGCCGAGCGCGCCAACCGCUUCUUCUCGACAGUGCAUGAGCUGCUUGCAGAUGGCGGUGUGCUGAUUGCAACGACCGUCGACCCGAACAAACUGCUGAUGAAGUACUACCAGGGGCUGCGGCCACCAGAGCAAGAGGCCGACGAGCGAACUGGUCGCAAACCGGACGUGAGCAUCGUGGACGAGAAGGACCGUGAGGUGUGCUGCAUCCGCUUUGACGCGCACACGCGUGCGCAGUUGUCAGGGCCCAAUGCAGCACCGGAAGGCUCGUUUGGUCUGCGCUACAACUUCACGCUGCGUGAUCGCGUGGAUGAUGACGCGGACGGUGGCGGCGGCCAGGCCGUCGACCUGCCAGAGUACCUGGUACCGGACGAUCUGGUUGCAAAGCUCCUGCGGGGACACGGCUUUGAGCUCCUGCUGAAGCAGAACUUCCACCAGUUUAUUCACCAACGCAAGGACCAAGACUACAAUCGCACGCUGCUGGAAAAGAUGCACGUGACGAACGUCCGCGGCUCUAUCUCGGAUGCCGAGUGGGAAAUAGCUGGGCUUUACCAGGUACUAGCGUUCAAAAAGUCCUACUAA